AUGCUGAUGGACGCCUACUGCGAUGAAAGCCCCGGGAUCCGCAUCGCCUACAGAACGGACGGCCGUCAGCUGAAUCAACGGCGCAUAAACUUGCAAUCGCGCGCAUCCACUACCACCGUCCACGAACUUCUCGUCGCCGACGACUGCGCCCUGAACACCACCUCGGAAGAGGAGAUGCAGCGGAGCAUGGACCUGUUCUCCGCCGCCUGCGAAAACUUUGGGCUGGUCAUUAACACGCAGAAGACUGUGGUGAUGCACCAACCGCCACCCAACUCAGCCCCAGCCCUCAACGCGCCGCCGCAAAUCAGCGUGAACGGAACCCAACUGCAAGUGGUGGCGAACUUCCCGCCGAGCCCCACUCCCAAUUCAUCACCUUGCGCACCCACCAACCACUCCCCAGCCGACAUCGAAGCAGCCGACUCUACCACCCCUCACUCCUCCCCGUCCUACUCCUCCUCCUCCUCCUUCACUGCCACAACGACGGCCACUCCGGCGUCUGUAGCGCACGACUUCACCACUGCCGCACCUGACACAACAACAGGCACAAUCCCUGCAACCUCCAUCAUCAGAGGUGAGGGCCAGGACUACAUCUGCCCUCACUGCGAUCGCACCUUCACUUCCCGCAUAGGCCUGAUCGGUCACUUGCGAAUCCAUCGCACAGAGACUGGCAAACCAGUGCCUGGAGCACCAACCUACACCCACCAAGCUCAACUCAACUGCCCACACUGUCCUCGAACUUUCGGGCACCGCAUGGGUCUAUUCGGCCACAUGCGCAUCCACGACGACCUGCGGUAG